AUGAAAUGGGGCCCAGCUUCUACCUCUAUUGGGAUGGCAUCGGGCCCUGGAGUACCUGAGAAGAGUCAAGUCUCUGGCAAGGCUAGGAUGACACGGGCAUGGAUGAUGCAAGUUCGGUGUUGGUCGGAUGUAAGAUCAUGUGCAUGGGACCACAAGCCGAAGCGUAGCCAUUCUACUACCGGUACGGCCGAUGCCGUUCGCGUCCCCCGUCCCGAUCUCGUAUCUUUCUUUGCGACUCGUCAAGGCCUGUCAGACACCGUCGCUCCAUUCAAACCACCGGGGACCUAUCAAUGCAACCAUCUUCCCCUGGCAUCUUGGAUUCUUCUCGUCAUCUGUCUUGCUUCUAGUACAUCGUCACACACAAUGUCGGAAGAAACUUCGCCUCAAGCUACCAGAUCGCCCAAUCGAGUUGAGCAAUCAGAUGGCGGUAUGAGCGGACCAAUUUUCGCGGCAAAGAGGUCAUGCAUAACUUGCCGCCGUAGAAAAGUGAAAUGCGACAAAAAGACUCCGUGCUCAAACUGUGCGCGUACAAAAAUCGAAUGCAUAUUUCCUGGUCCUGGUCGCGCGCCGCGCAAGAGCAGGAAACCGCCGGACGCAGAAUUGCUGGAUCGUCUGCGUCGACUCGAGGGUGUCGUGUCGAGUCUGAAUGCGCAGGUCGAGGAGCAUGAGCAAGAGGUGGCAAAUCGGGAGAAGGUGCAAAAUGGCAGUGUGACUGAGGAGAAUUGCCGAUUUUCCAAUGGAAAUCAGGGUGUCACAGCAGACAAGAGUGUUGUAGAUCUAGAGAAUCGCUUUGGCAGGCUGGUGGUGGAGAAGGGAAAGAGUCGUUACAUCAACAACAGCUUCUGGGCGAGCUUGAACAACGAAGUCGAGGACCUCGAGGCCAUCCUAGUCGAGUCUUCAGAUGAUGAGGAUGAGGCGCAAUCGUCCGAAUCUUCAUCCGCCUCACCAUUUCAAGGCUUCGUCUUUGGAUACAGCUCGCCAAACGUGGAUAUGCAGCAGUUGCAUCCUUCUGAAACUCGGGCGCGCCAAUUCUGGGAAGUUUUCAAAGAAAACGUCGACCCACUGGUGAAGAUCCUGCACAUCCCUACCUUUGAGCCCGUCUUUGAUCAGGCUGCAAGUCAACUCAACAAAAUCAGCAAAACCCUGGAGCCCAUAAUCUUUGUUACCUACUAUGGUGCUGUGACAAGCUCAACACCUGAGGAGUGUCGCAACAAAUGGGGUGAGGAGCGCAGUGCGAUGCUGAGCCGCUAUCAAUUUGCAGUAGAGCAAAGCCUAGCCCGAGCCAACUUUUUGUGCUGUGAACAGAUUGUUGUGUUACAGGCUUUUCUUCUGUUCUUGAUGCUGCUUCGAAGAAACGACGAUGCGCGCAAGAUCUGGACCAUGACUGGAUUGGUUGUGCGAAUCGCCCAGACAUUAGGGAUACAUAGGGAUGGUAGCCACUUCGGCUUGCAGCCAUUUGAGAUUGAGAUGCGACGAAGACUUUGGUGGCAGAUUUGUAUACUGGAUGUGAGAUCGUCAGAAGAUCAUGGCUGCGAUGCCACCAUUGUCGAGGCGUCCUUUGAUACUAAAAUGCCCCUAAACGUGAACGAUAGCGACUUGCAUCCAGGCAUGACCGAGUUUCCCGAAGAAAGACAAGGGUACACCGAUAUGACGUUUUGCCUUCUACGAUUCGAGGUAGCAAACAUCUUUCGUCGCAUCCACUAUGUACCCCCAGGUCCUGCCGUCUGUACAGAAUACUUUGCCGGCCUCUCAAUGGCAGAAAAAGAGAAAUGGAUCACCGACUGUCAUCAAGCAAUGGAGAAGAAGUAUUUGCAACACUGUGAUAUGUCAAUACCAUUGUGUUGGGUCACUGCGACAAUUUCUAGGCUCGUUAUGAGCAAGAUGUGGCUGAUUGUAUAUCAUCCACACCAGCGUAAGGAUGGAGGUGCGACUUUACCACAAGCAACAAAAGACAAGCUGUUCAUUACCUCUCUCGAAAAUAUCGAGUACUCCAUCUUACUCGAAACAGAAACCAGAACCAUGAAGUGGGGAUGGCUUUUCCGCACAUAUGUUCAAUGGCACGCCAUUGCAUUCCUUCUAUCUGAACUCUGUGUCCGUACCAAGGGUGAAGCGGUAGACCGAGCCUGGCGCGCUCUCGAAGCUACUGCUGGCCGAUGGUGGUUUCCCCUCAACGAAAGCUCGACACAUCGUAAAGGACAACAGGGUUACCUAUGGAAUCCUCUUCGGAAGCUACUUGCGAAAGCAAGAGCAGCACGAACAAGGGAACUCGCGCUGGAAAAGGCGAGCCAAGCCAGUCGGAAUGAGCAGAUCAGAUACUAUACAGAAGGCCUAGACAAUCAACGUCCCCCUCCGGUCAGAGCGAAUCGCCCAAGUACAGAGGGACUGGACAGGUUGCUUCGACCAGUAGCGCCGAAAUUGGGUGAAAUGCCACCUGCGCCACAACCCGGAUGGCCUGAUAACCUUCUGGUGGCAAACGCAAGUCCACAGCUAUCAGAACGUGCAUUUUCAAGCGCGAAAGAAAACGCUGGAGGACCACAGUGGCAGCAACAACGACAAAAUUCGACGUCCAGAGACAGUCAAAGAGAUGGUCUAGCUCUAGAGCAGAACCUCUAUGAACUUUCAACCUUUGGACUUGACAGCGUAAUAGUAGACGUCAUGGAAGAUCUCAACUACGGAUACGAAGGAAACCCAAUAUCCACUUACUCUACCUAUAGCCCAUCUGUCCCUCAAGUAUCUGUCCCAAGACCAACACAGCAACCACCACUUCCUGCACCAGCAAUCGCACCCCAUCCCUGUCCUCCAGACGGCGGUAUGGAUUCUGCAGAAGACGUUCCGCUAUCCACAUUAUGCGACGGCAUGUUUGGCAAUGUAGAAAUGGACUUUUCUACCAUUCCGACCACCACUUCUAUGCUGGAUGCCACGAAUCAGCCGAAUCAGCCGAAUCAGCAGACGGAGAGUCCGACGAUGGAUAGCGGGAACAUGGACUGGACCCUUUGGGAUGACAUGGUGAAUCAGUAUGGGUUUGACGGUCAGACCGCUAAUCCGGUGAAUACAAAUGGAUCGGGGCAUUUGGGAAUGUUGCACUGGUUCUGA